AUGGACUUCCAAGCCGACCUGGACUCGACGCUGGAGGUGAUCCCGAGAGGUACCCAUUUCCAAGAGUUGCCCGUUUCGGGGUGUCCCAAGUGCCCAGAUUUCCAGUGGACCAAUAAAUUGGGCUUCGUCGCUGCCAACGUCUAUGGGGUCAAUGUGGCCGCUGACGGUCUGAACGAGGCCGGCCUCUCGGCUGCGUGGCUCUAUUUGGAUGCCACGGAGUACCCUACGCCCGAGAAAGAAGGCAACUUCAACAUGUCCAAGUCUGUGGUCACCUCGCUGUGUUCCUAUAUUUUGGGCAACUUUGCCACGGUGGAGGAGGUGAAGACCGGACUCCAAAGGGUGCAACUUGCCGGGAUUAACGGCCAAGUGGCGCAGCAGGUGCUCCAUGUGCCCGCCCCAGCUGACGGCAAGGCCAAGACCGCGCCGCUCCACGUCAGCGUGCAUGACCGAAAUGGGCACAGCUUGGUCAUCGAGUUCCUAAAAGGAGUACCCAUUUUUCAUGACAACCCGAACGGAGUGCUGACCAACGACCCACCGCUGGAACAGCAAUUGGAGCUUCUGGACAAGCAUUUGAGUGAAGCUCAAGGUAGUAUCAACACUGGGAGUCUGCUACCGGGCGGGUAUGGAUCGUCACAGAGGUUUGUGCGGCUUUCGGUGCUGAAUCGCAAGAUUAAAGAGGGCUACAGCGCACCUACCGUGCAUGCUUCGUACGUUGAAGCGACGGAGGAGCAACGCGUGGUGUCGGAUGCUUUGCAUCUUCUGAACACGGUGGUGCGUCCACCCAUGGGGGAGGCCACGCAGUGGUCCAUCGUGAGAGACCACAAGCGCCGGAUGCUGUACAUCCGCUCUACGGCGAACCAACUACUGCGACGCGUGAGUUUGGACAUGUUGGACUGGGCCGACCCACACGCGCGACGCCUGAUCCCGGUUUCGUACGGUAUUUGGUUCUUGGACUCGACUGUGCCGCUUCUUGACGAUCGCAAUGUGCUGCAAACCAAGGAUCUACCACCGCGUUCCGAUGUCGAGGCCGCGAUGUCACAGACACAAGACCCCUCUGCAGCAUUCCGCAAGAUUGACACGAAGGCGCAUUUUCGAGAGCAGGCUGCGGUGACCGAGACGCAGGACCAGCAGCAGUUCCUUGCUGCUACCGCACAGAUGCAGCAGGCGGACGAAGUUGCGAGCAUCUCGCUGGUGUGGGUCUUCGUUGUCGGCUCCGUGGCCGGCGGAAUGCUCACAGCGUUGCUCUCGGUGGGGUGGAAGAUGAUCAUCACGGAUUGCCUUCGACGCCAAAGCGGAUACCAGCCCAUCGCCGACAUUUAG